CCGUUCCCCGCCGAGCCCGGAGACGUCGGGACCCGGCACCGCUCCUCCGGAGCCCGGCCGAGCCCCCGGCGCUGCGGCGGGGCAGGUGCGGCCGCUUCCGUGAGGAGGAGAAGAGGAGGAGAGGAGGAGGAAGAGGAGGAGGAGGAGGAGGAGGAGGAGGCGGUGGCGGUGCCCGUGGGCGUGCUCCCGGCGGGGAGGGCCGCCCGGAGCCCACACCCCCGCCGCUAACUUCGCCGCCUUCCCCGCCGAGCUCCGCCGAGCCGAGCCGGGCCGGGCCGGGCCGGGGCCGCCCCCCGCCAUGAAGGGCCGGCGGCGGCGGUGGUGCUGGUGCUGGCGGGGGGAGCCGCGGCGCUUGGCCGUGGCGCUUGGGCUGUACACGCUGCUGCUGCUGCUGCUGGUGCCCUACGCGCUGGACUACGGGGCCAGGCGGGCGCGGGCGGACGAGGAGCCGCUGCUGCGGCGCUGCCCCAGCCUGGAGGAGGCGCUGAGCGAGUGGGGCUGGGAGCAGCGCCCGGCGCCGACGGGCGACGAGGAGGAGGACGACGACGAGGAGGAGGAGGAGGACGGAGGGGCGGCGGGGAACGGCACCGGGGCGGCGGCGGGCAAACGGCACAUCUACCUGCACGCCACCUGGCGCACGGGCUCGUCCUUCGUGGGGGAGCUGUUCAACCAGCACCCCGACGUCUUCUACCUCUACGAGCCCAUGUGGCACCUGUGGCAGGCGCUGUACCCCGGCGACGCGCUCAGCCUGCAGGGCGCCCUGCGCGACAUGCUGCGCUCCCUCUUCCGCUGCGACUUCUCCGUGCUGCGCCUCUACGCCGCCCCGGCCGGCCCCCGCGACCCGCUGGCCCCCGGCUCCCCCAACCUGACCACGGCCGGCAUCUUCGGCUGGCGGACCAACAAGGUGAUCUGCUCGGCGCCCCUCUGCCCCGCCGCCCCGCGGCCCCGCGGGGAGGUCGGCCUGAUCGACGGCGCCGCCUGCGAGCAGCGCUGCCCGCCGCGGGCGCUGCGGGAGCUGGAGGCCGAGUGCCGCAAGUACCCGGUGGUGGUCAUCAAGGACGUGCGGCUGCUGGAGCUGGGCGCCCUGCUGCCGCUGCUCAGGGAGCCCGGCCUCAACCUGCGCGUGGUGCAGCUCUUCCGAGACCCCCGCGCCGUGCACAACUCCCGCCUGAAGGCCAAGCAGGCGCUGCUGCGGGAGAGCAUCCAGGUGCUGCGCAGCCGACACCGCGCCGAGCCGCGGGGGCCACCUCGGCCAAGAGGACCCCCCGGCCCGCUGCCCCCCGGGCUGCUGGGCGCGGGUCGGGCACCGCCGCCGCAGCACCGCGCCGAGUUCUUCCUCGGCGGAGCGCUGGAGGUCAUCUGCCAGGCCUGGCUGCGCGACCUGCUGCUGGCACGACGCGCCCCGUCGGGGCUGCGUCGCCGCUACACGCAGCUGCGCUACGAGGACCUGGUGCGGGAGCCCCGCGCCCAGCUGCGACGCCUGCUGCGCUUCGCCGGACUGCCCGUGCCGCCCGCCAUGGAGGCCUUCGUGGUCAACAUGACCCGCGGCGAGGCGUACUCCUCCGAGCGGCCCUUCCUCAUCUCCGCCCGCGACGCCCGCGAGGCCGUCCACGCGUGGCGGGAGCGCCUCAGCCGCCAGCAGGUGCGGCAGGUGGAGGCGGCGUGCGGCGAGGCCAUGAGCCUGCUGGCCUACCCGCUCAGCGCCGACGACGGGCGGUAGCGGCCCCGGGACCAACACCAGGAAGCCCCAUGGCAUGGGGGCCUGUCUGAGACAGGGGAGCGGCGGCCUCAUGGGCCUCUGCCUUGGUGUUGGCGUUGGUGGACACGCUGGCGUUGGUGGACAUGCUGGUGUUGAUGGACAUGUUGGUGGACAUGCUGGUGUUGGCCUUGGCGUUGGCACAGGAAGGGACGGAGGUUAGAGCACCCGCUGGGUGCCGAGGGGGCAGCGAGUGCGGCUGCUGAGGUGAUGAUGGAGGGGACACGUUUUUGAGGUGUUCGGUAAGAGAUGUCCUCGGGGGACAGCGCCAGACUCUGAGGCCCACUAGAUGUGAAACUGUGACCCCAUGCCAAGAAGGGGGGGGGGUGUAAAAAGUAAACAAGAAUGCUGUGUUAAAUUUUUAAAAUCCCUCGGACAACAACUCUCAGUAAGGAACUGGAGGACUCAAAAGUUAUUAACGUAAGAGGAUCACCCUUUCCAGAGCAUGAAAACACCUUGUGUUCCACUGUAUUGCUGUUAAAACACUUAAAGGAGGCUUCUGUGAAAUCCGUGGCGUUUAUGCACGGCCCGACUGCCGGAGUCUCGCCUGUACCACGGGAGGACGUCCCGCUGAGGGAGGAAGCCUUGGUGUUGGCGCUUGCUGAGCUCGUAUCCCUGUGAGCUCUGUCUGCGUGGGUGGCUUUGUCUCUUUCCCGUUCUUAGUUGCAGUUCCCCUCUGUCCCUUGGAGCGCUCGGGUAUUUGGUUGUAGGAGUGGGGAAAGUGUUCGGAUGCUUAAGUGUUUUGGAGGUGUUCGUUUCAGAAAUUGUGACUUUUCUAAAGAAAUCCAUAACCCUUUUGUAAAAUAGGAUAUUUUAAUACAUUCCUGUAGCUUCAUGGUGAUAUUCACGUGCAAUACAGGUGACUAACGUGU